CAGUGUCUCCCCCGUCACUCUCACUCUUUCUUGUAUUUUCCUACUUCAGGUAGCAUUUUCAAGAACACAAGAAAAUUCACCACAACAGAGAAGGCCCGAGAAGAGGGAUACAUCAUAUUUAAAGACUCCUCUGUGAGACUUGAAGUAGUCAUUUGAAUCUUAGCACUUGUGGCAGUUGGAGGUGGAGAUUUUUUUUUCGUUAAUUUGUGAGAAGAAUUUUGCAGUGAUCGCGUUGAGGAUUAAGUGCAAUAUUUUGGGUGAUUUUCGAAGGAACUUUUUAUGUGAAUUUACGAAUUAUCCUUAAUGCCACAACAAUAAGGAUUUAAGUGAUUUUAAAAUUUAAAAUUUUAGUGCUUUGCUGUGGGUGCCAAGAUGAGAGGAUUUUCAGUGAUUUGUUUAGUGAUCUUAACGAAAGUUUCAAGUGUUUUCUCAGAUGCAGCCACGGAUUUUAACAACGUCAAUCCCGAUGGAUCAUUUUCUUUUGGUUUGAACAACGAAGACAUUGGUGGGCACUACCAUAUGGCCAGUGGCAAUCCUAAGACAAUCAUUCGAGGACGCUAUGGGUCGCGCAAUCCUAGUACAAAGCGCGUGGAGGAAACAGUCUACACCGCCGGACCGCGUGGAUUCCGGGCACGUGGGCCAGCUAUUGCGCGGAAAAUGGAUCUUUCGCAGAUUCGCAGGGGGCCCAUUGGGAGCCCCGAUGAUCCUCUGGCGGAUCCCUUUGAUGAUCCCAGCUACAGUUUUGGCUUCAAGACACCAACGUACACACGGCAGGAAGAUGCAGAUCCCGCGGGAAGGGUUAAGGGGUUGUAUUCGUAUGUUGAUGAUAUUGGGGAGAAGCACCUGGUGCGGUAUGCAGCUGGAAAGGAAGAAGGAUACAAUGUGAUUAAUUCUUAUCCCGAUGCUCCAAAUUAUGUAAAGUACAGCACAGCACUCUACAAAUCACCCAAUAAGAGGACACGCGGAAGAAUAGCCAUACAACGUGGACCAGGAGGACAGUACAAUUUCAUCUCUUCAGGGCCUGAUCAGAGAAGAUCUGAAAGUUCUGGCCCUGAUGGCAUAGUUCGUGGUUCGUAUUCAUAUCUCGAUGAUAAAGGAGUCCAACGAACAGUUCAGUACAUUGCUGGUGCUGGAAUUGGAUACAAAAUUGUCCAGAGUACAACUGGUCCUGGAACACACAACCUCCCUCGACCAGCUAUCCCUGAAUUUGGUGUUCUGACCCCAGAAUCAAAUGACCUGGGCCGCGAUACUCCACAUUUCAACGAUGACGGAGUCUUCAAUACAGCUUCAACUACGAGACCGCAUCGAAAGGAAUUCGGAAGCUCCCCUCGUCCAUCUGUGGGGGAUGAUGGUGGACUGGGUGGUGGUGACUUUGGGGAUGAUGGUACGGGCUAUUUCGAUGGGAAUGACAACUCGUACGAUCAAAAUAGCAGAGAUCCCAAUGCCAUAGUUCCCCUGCCACCACCUUCAGUUCGCCCAGGAAGACCCUACCGUCCCCGUGGACGUGGCAGUACCCCUGCACGGCGUAAUUCCGAAGAAGUAGACUACACCGAUCUGCCAGGAGUCACCCCAAGUCUCAUUGAUACCACCGGAAUUGACGUGCGUGAUGAGGAUGGAGGAUUUGGCGGAGGACCAGAUCCCAAUUUUGACCGAGAACGUCCUCCUCUCCCGUCGGGGGUUGCUGUGAGGGCUCAUGUUCAGAAUAUAGACUUAAUUCCUGAGGGUGGUAGUGCACCAUCCCCCGGAGAAGCACUCCUACGCGAUGAACAGCGAAAUCUGUGAUUUGUUGACCCAUUGACCUGAUCAUCACACCUUCCCUUCUGAAAUACUCCAAACACACACUGUUGAUGGAUCUCGCUUGGCAUGAGAUUUAGUCCAGUGAUGAUACAUUGCUCAGCAUAGUUUAUAAAAUAUAUUUUACCUUAACAGUAAUUCGCUUUCGACUAUAUAUUUUAGGGUAAACACAUGAUGAAUUUGAAAAAAAUAAUAAUAUGUCUAUCUAAUGAAUAAAUUGUAAUUUAA